UUUUUUGGAUCAAUCAAACAGACAGUGGCUUCUUUUGAUUAAAGCCCAAAUUGUCAUUGGGCAGAAGCAAUCAUGUGACAGCCAAUUCGGUCCAAUUUCAACCUUGUCUCCAUGAAUUCAAUAGUUUAAUAGUAGCGCGGUCCCCAUACGGCUGUAAUCAGUGAAUUAGAAAAAAAACACCCCAGCAGCGAUCUUCUAUGAUAGAUUUUUUUUUUCCUCCGCGCUUGCCUUUUUCCUGGGCCUUGCCCCCCCAAAGCCCCUCCAAAAGAGGGAACUUUUUCUCCGAGGGGGCUCCAAGGAGAAGGCCAUGAAUUACGAAUUUGAGCGAGAGAUUGGUUUUAUCAAUAGCCAGCCGUCGCUCGCUGAGUGCCUGACAUCUUUUCCCCCUGUCGCUGAUACAUUUCAAAGUUCAUCAAUCAAGACCUCGACGCUUUCACACUCGACACUGAUUCCUCCUCCUUUUGAGCAGACCAUUCCCAGCCUGAACCCGGGCAGUCACCCUCGCCACGGCGCUGGCGGCCGCCCCAAGCCGAGCCCCGCGGGCAGCCGCGGCAGCCCGUUGCCCGCCGGCGCCCUGCAGCCGCCCGAGUACCCCUGGAUGAAGGAGAAGAAGGCGGCCAAGAAAACCGCGCUGCCCCCGGCUGCAGCCGCCGCCACCACCGGCCCUGCUUGCCUCAGCCACAAAGAAUCCCUGGAAAUCGCCGAUGGCAGCGGCGGGGGAUCGCGGCGCCUGAGAACUGCUUACACCAACACGCAGCUUUUAGAGCUGGAAAAAGAAUUUCAUUUCAACAAGUACCUUUGCAGACCCCGAAGGGUGGAGAUUGCAGCGCUUCUGGAUUUGACUGAGAGACAAGUGAAAGUGUGGUUUCAGAACCGGAGGAUGAAACACAAGAGGCAGACUCAGUGCAAGGAAAACCAAAACAGCGAAGGGAAAUUUAAAAGCCUUGAGGACUCCGAGAAAGUAGAGGAGGACGAGGAAGAGAAGUCGCUCUUUGAGCAAGCCCUUAGCGUCUCCGGGGCCCUUCUGGAGAGGGAAGGUUACACUUUUCAACAAAAUGCCCUCUCUCAACAGCAGGCUCCCAAUGGACACAAUGGCGACUCCCAAAGUUUCCCAGUUUCUCCUUUAACCAGCAAUGAGAAAAAUCUGAAACAUUUUCAGCACCAGUCACCCACUGUUCCUAACUGCUUGUCAACAAUGGGCCAGAACUGUGGAGCUGGCCUAAACAAUGACAGUCCCGAGGCCCUUGAGGUCCCCUCUUUGCAGGACUUUAACGUUUUCUCCACAGAUUCCUGCCUGCAGCUUUCAGAUGCAGUCUCGCCCAGUUUGCCAGGUUCCCUCGACAGUCCUGUAGAUAUUUCAGCUGACAGCUUUGACUUUUUUACAGAUACACUCACCACAAUUGACUUGCAGCAUCUGAAUUACUAAAAACAUUAAAGCAAAACAACAGCAUCACAAUACAAAAACCCCUUGACUAGGUGGUUUUGCCUUCUUUUAUUCCAAGAGUUAAUUUUUAUUUUAUUUUCUUCUUAACCUACCCUCUCCCUCCUUAAAACGUUGAGGAUUUCUGUUUAGUGAUUUCCCUGACCUAGUUUCAGAGCCAUCUCUUAUGGAUUAUUUGGGAGUUUUAGUUGUUUUAAACUUAAUCCAAGAACCCUCUAUGUGUUUCCUGGAGCAAUACAUAAGGCCUGCAAGAAAGUGAUCAUAUAAUUGUAUCUUCACUUUCUUUUUAUUUUUGUAUUACACUAGGAUGCAUUGUCAUGCCUAUUUUUGGUAGAAUAAAUUCUCCUUUGCUAUAAGUA